UUGUGAGUUUCUCCUCAGUGGAACCAUAACUUUCUUUUCUACACAUUAUUAACUGUACCAUGCUACAAAUAUAUAUAAUAAUAUAAUCAAAUAUUUCAUGUCAAUCAUUGUUUUGUUAUAAAAUAAUAUAUACUAUGGUUUUUCAAUUGGACAAACACUGAUAUUUAUCUCUUUCUUUGACAAAUUCUUUCAUCUUAGUUUCAUGAACUCAUUCUGUUUAUAUUUUUACAGUGUGUCGUUUAGAUUCUAUUAGAAGAAGAGUCAAACAUUGAACAGUCACGUGCUUCUUCUGUUGUUCUUGUUUGGUAGAGUAUAUAGAAUAGAAUAUGACCCUGCAGUGAAAGCUAGAGUUUCUGUGUGGAAUGAUGAUAAAAUUCGAAUCUUUUGUAGGUUUACUAUUGGCCUCUCCUUUUGGUACCUGCUACUGACAAGUAUCAAUUUCUUGUUUAGAAUUAGAAACUCGGAAUCUUAUCAAUUUGUAUUUUCUUUUUCAAUUUUCACUUUAACUUGCUUAGUAGUAGAAAUUGAAAGAUUUUGUGUAGUUGUUUUUUCACAACAUUUUUAGUAAUUAACAGUGGAGUGAGGGAUAUUAAGAUGUGGCUGAAAUGGUGGGAGAAGAUUUCAGGGAAUGGUUACAAAAUCAAUCAACAGUAUUAUCAGUAUAUUGGGUCAAAGAGAGUGAAGAGAGAGUUAUGGAGGAAGCUUUUAUUGACAUGGGUAUUGGGUUGGACUGUAGUGUCUUUGUGGAUCUUUUGCUUUAUGAGUUUACAAGCUAGUGUCAAGAGGAAAGAAACUCUUGCAAGUAUGUGUGAUGAAAGGGCUAGGAUUGUUCAGGAUCAGUUUAAUGUUAGUAUGAACCACAUUCAAGCUAUGUCUAUUUUGAUCUCAACUUUUCAUCAUGCCAAGACUCCCUCAGCCAUUGAUCAGAGGACUUUUGCUAGCUAUACAGAAAGAACAGCAUUUGAGAGGCCUCUAACAAGUGGUGUCGCAUAUGCGGUAAGAGUGCUUCAUUAUGAGAGGGAACAAUUUGAGAAGCAACAAGGUUGGAUUAUCAAGAGAAUGGACACUCUGGAGCAGAAUCCAGUUCAUAAGGAUGAUUAUGAUACAGAAGCAUUGGAGCCAUCUCCUAUUCAAGAAGAAUACGCUCCUGUCAUAUUUGCACAAGAUACAAUCUCACAUGUUAUUUCUGUUGACAUGCUUUCUGGAAAGGAAGACCGUGAUAACGUGUUGCGCGCAAGAGAAUCAGGCAAAGGGGUUUUAACCGCACCCUUCAGGCUUCUCAAAUCGAAUCGUCUAGGUGUUAUUCUAACAUUUGCUGUCUACAAGAGAUAUCUUCCAUCAAAUGCAACUCCAAAUGAAAGGAUUCAAGCAACUAAUGGGUAUCUUGGAGGGGUAUUCGAUGUCGAAUCAUUAGUCGAGAAAUUACUUGAGCAACUUGCUAGCAAGCAAAGUGUGAUUGUUAAUGUGUAUGACACUACAAAUCAUACACAUCCAAUUGCCAUGUAUGGCUCAAAUGUAUCAAGGGAUGUGUUCAAUCAUGUCAGCACUCUUAACUUUGGAGACCCUUUCAGGAAACAUGAGAUGCAUUGCAGGUUCAAACAGAAACCACCAUGGCCUUGGGUUGCAAUAACUACUUCAAUUGGAAUUCUUGUUAUUGCUCUCCUUGUUGGACAUAUUUUCCAUGCCACCGUGAAUCGAAUUGCAACGGUAGAAGAGGAUUGCCGAGAGAUGAUGGAGCUUACAAAACGCGCAGAAGCAGCCGAUGUAGCAAAAUCCCAGUUUCUUGCCACUGUCUCGCAUGAAAUCAGAACACCGAUGAAUGGUGUUUUAGGGAUGAUGCAUAUGCUUAUGGACACAGACUUAGAUGUAACUCAACAGGAAUAUGUCAGAACAGCACAGGAAAGUGGAAAAGCUCUGGUGUCACUUAUAAAUGAGGUUUUGGAUCAGGCAAAGAUUGAAUUUGGUAAGCUUGAACUUGAGGCAGUGCUUUUUGACAUACGCUCGAUUUUGGACGAUGUAUUGUCGCUAUUUUCUGAUAAGUCCCAAGGAAAAGGAGUUGAGUUGGCAGCUUAUGUUUCAGAUCAUGUUCCUAAACUACUAAUAGGCGACCCGGGAAGGUUUCGCCAAAUCAUUACUAAUCUAAUGGGAAACUCAAUUAAGUUCACUGACAAAGGACAUAUUUUUGUGACCAUUCAUCUUGUCGAAGAGAUUGUUCAUUCAAUCGAGGUUGACAAUGAAUCGAAUCCAGAAAACACUUUGAGUGGUUUCCCCGUUGCGAAUAGUUGCUUGAGUUGGAAAGGAUUCAAGGCCUUCAGUCAAGAGGGGCCACUUGGUUCUUUCUCUUCCACCUCUACUGAUCUCAUCAAUUUGAUUGUAUCUGUUGAAGAUACAGGUGAUGGUAUUCCUAGAGAAUCUCAACCCCUCAUCUUCACUCCAUUCAUGCAAGCAGGCUCGUCCAUCUCCCGAAAACACGGAGGAACUGGUAUUGGACUGAGCAUUAGCAAGUGUUUGGUUGGCCUCAUGAAUGGUGAAAUUGGAUUUGCAAGUGAACCAAAAACCGGUUCCACUUUCACUUUUACCGCUGUAUUCACCAAUGGACUCCUUAGUUCCAACGAGAGUAAAACACCGCAGAUCAAUAACCAAUCUCAACCUGCAUCUUCAGAAUUCGAAGGUAUGAAUGCGUUGGUCAUUGAUCCAAGGCCUAUCAGAGCAAAAGUGUCACGAUAUCACAUCCAACGCCUCGGCAUUCACGUUGAAACGGUUUCGGAUUUGAACCAAGGUUUGUCAACCAUAAACAAAGGGAAUUCAGUUAUCAACAUGGUCUUGAUUGCUCAAGAAGUUUGGUGUAGAGAUUCAAGCAUGUCAUCUCAUUUUCUCAGUAGCACAAGGAAAAUCGAUCUCGGUUUUCUUCCAAAGCUAUUCAUUCUUGUUAAUUCUAGUAAUAGCACCUCUUCUAAAACUAGCAGUGUAACCUCAGAUGUUGAUAAUCCUACUAUCAUUACAAAGCCUCUUAGAGCAAGCAUGCUCGCUGCGUCACUACAGCGAGCGAUGAAUGUCAGGGACAAGAGAACUCUAAAUAGAGACCUUCACAAUUUGUCUCUUAGCCAUCUUCUUCUUGGGAGGAAAAUUCUAAUUGUCGAUGACAACGGCGUGAACCGCGCAGUAGCAGCCGGUGCUUUGAAAAAGUAUGGAGCAGAAGUGGUCUGUGUUAGCAGUGGAAAAGACGCUAUCUCUUCGCUGAAGCCACCUCAUCAGUUCGACGCUUGUUUCAUGGACAUUCAAAUGCCAGAAAUGGACGGUUUUGAAGCUACAAAGAGAAUCAGAGAGAUGGAACAUAAUGAGAACAUGGAAGUAUCUAUAAAGUGGCAUGUGCCGAUAUUAGCAAUGACUGCAGAUGUGAUUCAAGCAACACAUGAGGAAUGCUUAAGGUGUGGAAUGGAUGGAUAUGUUUCAAAACCAUUUGAAGCUGAACAGCUUUAUAGAGAAGUUUGUCGGUUUUUUCCGGCAUCAUAAAAAGAAGAUACAGAAAUGUUAUGUUGUUUCUAUCUAUGAAGAAUGUUAUCUAUCAUUCAUCAUGACAGAAAAGGGAAGGGAAUGUAGAAAUGAAGAACAGAACAAGAACUUUAGAUAUUGUUUUAGUGACAAGGAGUGUACAAAGUAGGAUUUGGAAAACCCAUUGAUGAUUCUUCCAUGGAAAGUUAGUCAGUGUCUCAUCUUGUGUAUGUAUGUUACAUGUAAAGUUGUCUAGUCUAUGUAUGUACAUAUAUGAUUAAAAAACUAAAGCUAAUUUAACACUUUCGCCUUCA